GAGAGGAAAUGAACUUAAGAGAAGGGGGAACACACGGCAGGGAGGGGAAAAAGAGGGCGGGAGUGGAGGGAGCGAGCUGAAGGGCUGGGGUGCCGGCAUGGUGGGAGGAUGGAAGAAGUAGCCGUGAAACAGGGCUUCCUGUACCUUCUACAGCAGCAGACUUUUGGAAAGAAAUGGCGCCGGUUUGGGGCUGUGCUGUAUGGAGAGUCAGACUGCGCCCUGGCCCGGCUGGAGCUCCAGGAGGGCCCAGAGAAGCCACGCCGGGGAGAGGCCGCCAGGAGGGUGAUCCGCCUCAGUGACUGCCUACGUGUGGCUGAGGCCGGCGGGGAGGCCAGCAGCCCCCGGGACACCAGCGCCUUCUUCCUGGAGACCAAGGAGCGCCAGUAUCAGCUAGCAGCCCCGUCCUCAGAGCGCAGUGACUGGAUCCAGGCCAUCUGCCUCUUGGCCUUCCCUGGCCAGAGGAAGGAGCUGCUGGGGCCCACGGGGAAGGGCAGCCGGCCCCGCAUGGAGGAGAAUGAACUGUACAGCAGCGCGACCGCAGUAGCCCCGCGCAAGGAGUUUGUUGUGACCAUGAGACCCACAGAAGCCAGUGAGAGGUGCCGGCUCCGAGGAUCCUACACCCUCCGGGCUGGGGAGACAGCCCUGGAGCUGUGGGGUGGCCAUGAGUUGGGCAGCAAGCUGUAUGAGUGGCCCUACAGGUUUCUGAGGCGCUUUGGGCGAGACAAGGUAACCUUUUCCUUCGAGGCAGGCCGGCGCUGCAUCUCUGGAGAGGGCAACUUUGAGUUCGAAACCCGGCAAGGCAACGAGAUCUUCUCGGCCCUGGAGGAAGCCAUUUCUGCCCAGAAGAACAGCGCGCAUCCUGGGCCGCAAUCCCAGCCAGCCACAGUCCCUGCAGUGCUGCCACGGCCAGAAAGCCCCUACUCCCGGCCCCAUGACUCCCUGCCACCUCCCUCGCCCUCCACUCCAGUGCCCUCUGCCCGGCCGCGGGGCCCGGAGGGGGAAUACGCCGUGCCCUUUGAUGCAGUGGCCCGUAACCUGGGGAAGAGCUUGAGGGGCGUCUUGGCGGUCCCUCCCCACGCCCCUGCGGACCCCCUGUAUGACAGCAUUGAGGAGCACCCACCCCCACGACCCGACCACAUAUACGAUGAGCCUGAGGGAGUGGCUGCCCUGUCCCUGUAUGACAGCCCACAGGAGCCCCAGGGAGAGGCCUGGAGGAGGCAGGCCACAGCUGACAGGGACCGCGGCGGCCUCCAGAGAGGGCAGGACCUCCCUGCCGCUGGCUGGCCACAGGGAACUGAGUAUGACAACGUCAUACUUAAGAAAGGCCCAAAGUGAUGGGGGAGGAGAAGGCAUGGACUAUCAAAUACAGGUGCUGAAGCCUGUGGGUGCUGAAGACUACCAGUCCCUACUGGGGGUGGGGUCAGAGGCCGGUGAGGAGGAGGGGGAGGCUGGUGUCAGGCCUCCCUUCUAGUUUCUGCUGGUUACUCCUCCUGGUUGCUGCAUUCCAGGAACUUCCUUCUGUUCCUUCCAGAACCCUGGGCUUGGCCUGCCUUGGUCUGGUCUGAGGAAUUGUCCCUCCCAGGGCCUGCUGCAUGAGUCACCAUCCCAGUGCAGGAAGAGUGCCUAAAAGGGACGCACCCUCCGCCUACCCCUUUCCACUUCCUCUUCUUUCUUUCCCUGGCCUAAAGGAACCUUGGGCAUUUAGGGCAGAGGACAGCAAGGAUGUCAGCAAAUUGCCCUGGUUCCUUGGCUUGUGCAAGCCUCCUGCCUGCUGCGGAUAGCCCUGGAUCUAGGUGCUCGGGAGG